UUUCAUAUUUCACAAUAAUCUCUCUUCUUUAAUUCAUUUAUUUUUUUGCUGUAAGAAAAAAAAACACACGACAAAUACAUUUGUUCUUUUUUCUCUCCAAGGCAAAAAGACCGAUCAAUUCUUGUAACAAUGACACUGGCUAAGAAAAUGCGUGUUGCUGGUAACAAAUCGUUCAGCCGAGCCUCCUUCCCCGAGGAUUUUCUGUUUGGAACUGCUUCAUCAGCUUACCAGUAUGAAGGAGCCGUGGACGAAGGCUCUCGCGGAGAAAGCAUUUGGGACAACUUUGUUCGCAAAUUUCCAGAAAGAAACUGUUACAACAACGCAGACGAGGCGGUUGAUUUCUAUCAUCGUUACAAGGAAGAUAUCCAAAGAAUGAAGGACAUCAACAUGAAUGCCUUCAGAUUCUCGAUUUCGUGGGUUCGGAUAUUUCCCGAUGGGAAAAGAAGCAAAGGAGUGAACAAGGAGGGAAUCAAAUUCUACAACGACCUUAUCGACGAACUCCUUGCAAAUGGAAUUACUCCUCUCGCCACUUUGUUCCAUUGGGACAUUCCUCAAGCCCUAGAAGAAGAAUAUGGCGGCUUUUUGAGCGAGAAAGUUGUGGAUGAUUUCCGCGAUUUCGCUAGCGUAUGCUUCGAAGAAUUCGGUGACCGGGUGAAGCUGUGGGUCACCAUCAACGAACCGUGGGUUUACAGUAACGGUGGCUACGACAUGGGCCGGAAAGCGCCCGGACGUGGUUCAAAGUACAUCAACAACGCGUGUGAGGCUGGAAAUUCCGGUCAUGAAGUCUAUAUUGUUAGCCAUAAUCUGCUUCUAGCCCAUGCCGAAGCCGUUGAAGCCUUCAGAAGUUUCCAAAACUGCAAAGAUGGGAAGAUUGGGAUCGCUCACUGUCCCUUGUGGUACGAACCCUAUGAUUGGAACUGCGUUAAAGAUGUUGAAGCAGCCGACCGAGCCAUGGAGUUCAUGCUCGGAUGGCAUAUGGGUCCCACCGUGUACGGAGAUUAUCCGGAAUGCAUGAGGGAAAUAGUCGGGGAAAGAUUACCGUCAUUCACCGCAGCGCAAUCUCAGAAGCUGAAAGGAUCCUUCGAUUUCGUGGGAAUAAAUUAUUACAGCGGCGUUUACGCGAAAAACAUUGACGAAAUUGACCCUGAGAAACUCUCUUACAGAUCGGACCAACACGUCGAAUGGAAAAAACAUAAUGUCGCGGGAAAGGCCAUUGGUAUUCAGGGUGGUGCAGAGUGGGUGAUAAGCUAUCCGCAGGGACUCCGAAAAGUUCUAAAUUACGCCAAGAACAAAUACGGGAACCACAAAUUUAUAAUCACUGAAAACGGAUAUUGCGAUCCGAGCUGCGACAAAAAACCAAAGCUGUUCGACUUGAUGGACAUACAGAGGACAGAGUACCACAAGAAGCAUCUCUAUCAACUGCAGCAAGCCAUCAACGAGGACGGGUGCCAAGUGGAAGGAUAUUUCGCGUGGUCGUUGCUCGAUAACUUCGAAUGGAACAACGGAUACGAAGUCCGCUACGGCCUUUUCUACGUUGAUUACAACAACGGCCUUAAACGAUACCCUAAAAUGUCGGCUAUGUGGUUCAGAGAAUUUCUAAAGAAAAACCAAGAGACAGCGGAUGAGGAUUUGAAUGGGGAAUUAGGGUUGGUGAAGAAGAGUAAUCAUAGUGUGGUCGAAGACAAGAGAUUCUUAUCAUCAACCGGUUCGAGUUUCUGUUUCUCGGUGAAGAUGUCCGAAUCCUCUAAGGCGUUGGAGUUGUUCUUUUAAUCUCUCUUUUUUUUUUAAAUAAUGUGGUUAACAAAUAAACUUAAUUAAUUCAUUUCUUUGUACGUUUUUUUUUUCUUUAAUAAAAAUUUAAUGUAACGGAGAGAAAUCUGUAAUAUGUUACGUGUAUAUUGUGUUGGUC